AUGCCCACCAAUGGGGCCAAAGACGACGCCGUUCCGGGCGUAUUACAUCUGGAAUAUGGGAUGACUCUCGUGCAAACGGUGGCCAAUGGCGUGCAAACCUGUCGUUGCUUGUGCUGUGUUCAUGAAGGCUGUGACGUGGUCGAGGUGGGGGGAGUCUCGGGCCGGAAGCGCAAAUCGCGUAGCGACAUCAUGUAA